AUGAGCAACUUCGGCGACUUGAAUCCUGCGUUUUCCGGUGCGGGUCGUAACAAACCUGACCCGAGUUUCAAUUCGGCGCCGUUUUCACGGUCAUCAUCUUCUGGUCUUUCUAAGCCGAGAUUCUCUAAGGUGAGAAAGCAAGUCAAGUCUCAGAGCUUGAAGCCGUCGUCGGUGACUUCUGAUUCCUUACCGGGUCAGGGUUUCAACCCGUUUCAUUACCCUGGUCCAUUUUCCGGUGAUCCACUUCUGGGUGAGGUUAGAUUUGGCCGGAGCAGUAAUGAGAGUUUUGUAUUCGGAUCAAUUGGUAGUGGGAAAUUGAGCUCUGGUGAAGAAUUUGGGAAAAGUGUAAUGGAGGAAAUGGGGAAGUUGAAGAUUGAGAGUGAUGAUGGGAAUUUGGCUUCGAGGCUUCCUGAAAAUAUGCAGAAUUUGAAUAUCAAGGAUUCUCAUUUAGGCGAAAAUGCGAGGAGGAAUGUAGACGAUGAACUUCCAACUCUAUUGAGUAGUAAAUUGACAAUUGAUGGUAACAAAGAUAACUUCGGUUCUUCUUCUUCGUGGAGUAAAGGCAAUGUGAUCCAGGAAAGUAUGGAGAAGUUGAAUAUUUCAGAGAGGGUGUUUGAUCAGAAACAAAAUAAUAAUGUCAAAUCCAUGGAUUAUGUUGGGGAGAAGAUACUAUUUGAUGAAUUGUGUAGAAAGUUGAGUGUUGGAAGUAUAGCUACUGAUGGGAUAAAUGUAAGGCAUUCCUCAGCUGAGAACCUUUCUGCAGAUUCACUUCAGGGAAAUGCGAGUGGGGAGAACAGUUCACGUUCGAUGAAUUACAGUUUUCUAGGUACAGAGCCAAGUGAACAUCUGAAUCCUAGGAAUGUUCAUGGUGCGACCUCUACAGUAAAUUCUCCCGAUUUUAGUUUUUCAAGUAAUCAGGACAGUGCGGGGACAACUUUUAUGGAGUUCAAGACCCCUAAUUCGAAACUAAACCCAUUUUCUAGCUUGGACCAGAAAUUGGGUUUCAAUGUUAAGAAGGACAAUGUUGGUGCCACGAGAGCGAGAAGAAAAGGGGGUAAGCAGCCUGUGAAAGUGCAGCUAAAUAUUGGACAUGAGUUUGCUUUUGCAGAAAGUGCUUUUCCACAUGGAAGCAAUGAGGCUCCUGAGUCUUAUUCACCGAUGGAUAUAUCUCCAUAUGAGGAGACAAGAGAUUGUAGAGACUUUUCCGGUGUAUCAGAUCAGUUUCUGAAUUCAGACAAAAGGCAUCUCUCAUCUGAUAUUCCGCCUUCUGCUCCAAAUGAUGUGUUUGAUGAAGAGCUAGUUGCUGCAACUGAACGGAUGGAAAUAAACGAGGGGGAUGAAGUUAAUAACUAUCAAGCUAAGGAACUUAAUACUGGGAAAUGUGCUGAUCAUGAAGAUCCUGCUGAAGAUUCUAUAUCUGGGGCUGAAACUGAAAGUUUUAAAUCGGCAGCGGAAGAAAUGGAAACUAGUAGUGAAACUUUCGUCUCAGCUUCAGAAAGUGAGGUUACUUCAAGGUUUAGGCCUGAUAGGCAAGAAAAUGACGACCAUUCCCUUUUUAAUUCAAAUGCUGCUAGUCCCAACUUUGCCUUUUCUGCUUCAUCGUUUUCGGGGGUGCACGGGCAACCAUCAACUUCAAAGCGUAUUAACAGAAAGAAAAACCCAGUUAAACUUGGGCAGGAUCCAUAUAUUUUAAUUCCUAAUGCAACACUUUCAAUUCCUUCAUCACUAAAAUCUUCACAACAUUCUCCAUUAACUGGUGUUCACUCGCACUUUUCUACGGGGAAACCCAGUGAAAGGGAUCCGCUUACUCGUCUACACAAGCCUAUUAAUAAUUCUGUGAUGGACAAAGCACGAGACGAAAAGGAUGUGUCUAAUGCAGCGCAAGAAGCAUGUGAAAAGUGGCGCUUAAGAGGAAAUAAUGCUUACAAAAAUGGAGAUCUUCCCAGAGCUGAAGAAUCUUAUUCUCAAGGGAUAGAUUCAGUGCCUAAAAUCGAGUCUUCUAGAAAUUGUCUAAGGGCACUGAUGCUUUGCUACAGCAACCGUGCUGCAACACGCAUGGCCCUUGGAAGAAUGAGAGAAGCAAUAUCAGAUUGUACGAUGGCUUCUUCCAUAGACUCCAACUUCCUUAAAGUUCAAGUUAGAGCUGCAAAUUGUUAUCUUUCACUUGGGGAGAUUGAAGAUGCAUCCAAGUAUUUCAAAAAAUGCUUGCAAUCUGGAAGUGACAUCUGUGUGGACCGUAAAAUUAUUGUAGAGGCUUCUGAAGGUCUACAAAAGGCUCAGAGAGUUUCCGAAUGUAUGCAUGAAGCUGGCUGUCGUUUGCAACUUAGAGCAUCAACUGAUGUUGAGAAAGCUUUGGAAGUACUGGAAGAAUGUCUACUGAUAAGUCCAUACUCUGAAAAGUUACUCACCAUGAAGGGAGAGGCGCUUUUGAUACUUGAGAAGUAUGAAGCAGCAAUAAAGCUGUGUGAGCAGACAGUUGAUUUGGCAGGAAAGAAUUCUCUUCCCGUAGUCUCUAUGGCUAACUCAGAUUCUCAUGACACUCCCAAGGACAUCAAUUUUAGAAUUUGGCGGUGUCGUCUUAUGCUUAAAUCAUAUUUCCAUAUGGGAAAGCUUGAGGAGGCGAUUGCUUCUCUUCAGGAGCAAGAGCAAUUACUAUCUCCUACCAAAAGUGAUGGAAACAAAACUCUUGAAUCCUCCAUUCCAUUGGCUGCUACCAUACGUGAGCUGUUGCGCCUUAAGUCGGCAGGGAAUGAAGCCUUUCAGUCUGGACGAAACACUGAAGCGGUUGAGCAUUACACAGCAGCCUUGUCUUGCAAUGUGGAGUCGCGUCCUUUCACAGCUGUUUGUUUCUGUAACCGUGCUGCUGCAUAUAAGGCUCUUGGUCAAUUUUCGGACGCUAUUGCAGACUGCAGUCUUGCUAUUGCUCUUGACCAAAAUUACUCAAAGGCUAUUUCUAGACGAGCCACAUUGUUUGAAAUGAUUAGGGAUUAUGGACAGGCAGCCAGUGAUAUGGAGAGAUAUGUUAAUAUUCAAACCAAGCAAAUGGAAGAGAAGACCUCUGGAGUUCACGACAGGUUCAGUAGUUUGGCCAAUGACAUAAGACAAGCUCGUAUACGACUUUCCGAACUUGAAGAGAAAUCAAGGAAAGAAAAUUCUUUGGACAUGUACCGUGUCUUGGGUGUUGUACCAUCAUGCUCGGCUUCAGAUAUCAGAAAGGCAUAUAGGAAGGCCGCACUCAAACAUCAUCCCGACAAGGCCGGACAGUCUUUGACAAGAAACGAGACUAAAGAUGAGAGGUUAUGGAAGGAGAUAGGAGAAGAAGUGCGCAGAGAUACCGAUAAAUUAUUUAAAAUGAUUGGGGAAGCGUAUGCUGUGCUUUCAGACCCUGCCAAGCGUUCUCAGUAUGAUCUCGAAGAAGAGAUGCAUAAUGCGCAGAAGAGACGUGAAGGAAGCAGCACAUCUGGAGCAGACACAGAUGCUAAUUAUCCAUUCAAUAGCAGUAGAAGAAACUGGAGAGAAGUAUGGAGUUCACGUAGGGAAGCAUCAGCUUCGAGGUGGUAUGAACCAAACCGAUCAAACCGAUACCCGUUGUAA